AUGUCGUUCAGUAUGAGCCAGGGCUCGCAAGGGAGCUUAGUGAUGCAACCAGGAGGCUCUUUUCGACAGUAUGAUGGGAGCAAUGGACAUGCUCGCAGAAACUCUGCGCCGCAGAUAUACUCGGCUGUAUAUUCGGGAGUCGAUGUAUACGAAAUGGAGGUCAAUAAUAUCGCGGUAAUGCGGCGCCGCAAGGAUAGCUGGCUUAACGCUACCCAAAUCCUGAAGGUGGCUGGCAUUGAGAAAGGCAAGCGCACAAAGGUCCUAGAAAAGGAAAUCUUGAUAGGAGAGCAUGAGAAAGUCCAGGGAGGUUAUGGGAAGUACCAGGGUACAUGGAUCAAGUUCGACAGAGGACUUGAAUUCUGUAGGCAGUAUGGCGUUGAGGAGCUACUGCGGCCUCUCUUGACAUAUGAUAUGGGACAAGAUGGAGGUGUUGCAGGAAGCGGUGGUAUUGACACGCCCACGAAGGAGCAAGCUAUGGCUGCCCAGCGCAAAAGGAUGUAUAACUCAGUGGCUGAGAAUAGGUCCGGGGGGCAGUCCGGAACCUUCUUUAAAAACAUCUCGAGCACUGCUUCGCACGCAGUCGCCGCGAUCAGCAAGGCACGCUUUGAUUCUCCGGUCCCACGGUUGAGAAAUGGAGCAUCGUCACGCGCGCCCAGUUUCACCAGGCAAUCGUCUUCUCAGCAGCAGCAUCUUGGAUCUCAAGAAUCCGUCUUUCCUGGCGGUUCGCAGCAGAGCCUCCAGAGCUUUGCAUCUGCUGAUAGCUUUACUAUCAAUGGGCAAGACUCAGCAUAUGCAACUCAAUUUUCUCAGCCGUUGCGAGACGAUCGCCGUAAUGGCGACUUCGAAGAACCACCAAGGAAGAGAUUGCGACCUUCACCUGGUGAAAGUGACCACCACCAACGAAUGGACGGUUACGACAUGUCGAUGCGAGAACCAUCCCCAACAGAGCCAAAUGAAUCAUUUGCCUAUCCCUCACAACUAGCCCACGCUGAAGAGCCCCAUACUACACUUCAACCACUACCAUCUCCAGUAGAUAUUGAUACAGAGCAGAAACGGAGCCUGUUGCUAUCUCUCUUCACCGAUCCUUCACGGACGGAUUUCAACAAGCAUCCGGCUUUCCUCAACAUGUCUGCUCAAGACCUCGACACUCCUAUAGACAAGUCCCUAAAUACAGCUUUGAUUUGGGCAGCAACACUCGCUCGAUUACCACUAUUAAAGGCCUUGAUUGCCAGUGGAGCGAGCAUCUACCGCGUCAACCGAGUUGGAGAGACUGCAUUGAUGCGAUCUUGUGGAGUGACUAACAACCUAGAUAUGGGUAGUUUCCCUGACCUGCUUGAACUUCUGGGUCCUACUAUUGAAUUCACGGAUUCACGGGGCCGCACAGUUCUGCACCAUAUCGCUGUUACCUCCGCAGUCAAAGGGAGGAGCGCAGCCAGCAAGUACUAUCUAGAGUCCCUCUUAGAGUUUGUCGUUCGCCAGGGUACUGCCCCCAACAGCCAGCAAUCAUUCAGCAGCGCAGUUCCUACUGCACAGACAAUGAAUUUGGGUCGCUUCAUGUCUGAAGUUGUCAAUAUCCAAGAUAGGUCGGGAGAUACGGCUCUAAAUAAUGCUGCUAGGAUUGGUAAUAGGAGUAUUAUUAGCCAGCUGAUGGAAGUUGGUGCGAAUCCUGAAAUCAGGAGUCGCUCUGGGCUUUGUCCUCUUGACUUUGGCGUUGGCGAGGGCCCGGGCACCGAAGGCAGGGCUGGUGAGAUCGCCCCUCCAGAGAAAUAUACCUCCCGCACUACGCAAACCAGUAAUGAGAUAAUAUCUUCUAUCUCCGAAUUAGUAUCUGCCGUCGAGCGAGAAUUCUCGGACGAGGUGAGCGCCAAGCAAGCUAGGAUUGACGCUCUGCACGCUCAAUUGCGAGAAUCAUCGGCCCUGCUAGGAGAGCAACGUCGCCGAAUUGAGCAGAUCGAGACGGCAGCAAAAGACCAGGAGACUAAGAAAACUAAGGUCACUAAUCUCACGAGAGCAAUCGAGGGAGAGCGGUCUCGCCUUCUACAGAUGCAGCAGCAAAUGGGACAAAUUCCUGGAGAGGUAGAGAUGCAAUUAGGCGACGCAGAUAAAGGCAUCGUUCUUCCCAAUGGAGCAAUUCCCAUGAAUCUCCUAGUUAAUAUCGACCCAAACAAUCCCCACCAACCGCUCGCCCUCGACGACGACCAGCGCCAACUUUUAGAUGCCCUCCCUCCCACUCAUAUUCUCCGCUCUCGGCUCAACGCGUACAAGAGUAACAACGAGGCCCUUGAAGAAACCGUCCGCGCCCUUCAAAGCAAGAGCUCCGAGCUUGCGAAUAAGUAUCGGAAGGUCGUUGGCCUGUGCACAAAUACCCCUGAGGAUAAAGUUGACGAGGUCGCUGUCAAAUUACUACGUGCUAUUGAGAGCGAGCCGAAUGUGGACCUUCGUCGCAUCAGAGAGUUCCUAGCGAGGGUUGAUGGUACAUAA